GGGUCGCGUAAAUGCCUUUUUAACCUUAAUUCCUUGCAUCAUUCCUCGCCCCCUUCCUUCUGGGGCCUAGUGUCUGGAAAACCACUAGCAAAUGUAACAGCCCCACCUGACCCGGUUGGCAUCAUUUUCGCAGUCCUUCGGACGCAUCGUGUUGUGCCAGGGCCAAAGGGCGCUUUGAAGUAACAGGAAUAUGCUCGCCAAUUCAGCCAGUGUGAGGAUUCUCAUCAAGGGAGGCAAGGUGGUGAACGAUGACUGCACUCACGAGGCUGAUGUCUACAUUGAGAAUGGCAUUAUUCAGCAGGUUGGACGGGAACUCAUGAUUCCCGGUGGAGCCAAAGUCAUCGAUGCCACUGGGAAACUGGUCAUCCCCGGGGGCAUAGACACCAGCACUCAUUUCCACCAAACCUUCAUGAAUGCCACUUGCGUGGAUGAUUUCUACCAUGGAACAAAGGCAGCACUAGUAGGAGGAACAACUAUGGUCAUUGGCCAUGUUUUACCUGACAAGGAGACCUCCCUCGUGGAGGCCUAUGAGAAGUGCCGGAGCCUGGCUGACCCUAAGGUCUGCUGUGAUUACUCACUCCACAUGGGGAUCACUUGGUGGGCCCCCAAGGUUAAAGUAGAAAUGGAGACUCUGGUGAGGGAGAAGGGUGUAAAUUCAUUCCAGAUGUUCAUGACCUACAAGGAUUUAUAUAUGCUACGUGACAGUGAACUGUAUCAAGUCUUCCGAGCCUGCAAGGACAUUGGUGCCAUAGCCCGAGUCCAUGCUGAGAAUGGAGAGCUGGUAGCUGAGGGUGCUAAAGAGGCACUGGAUUUGGGCAUCACCGGUCCUGAGGGAAUAGAGAUCAGCCGUCCAGAGGAGCUAGAAGCUGAAGCCACCCACCGUGUGAUCACCAUUGCUAACAGGACUCACUGCCCUGUUUACCUGAUCAAUGUUUCCAGUAUCUCUGCUGGAGAUGUGGUUGCUGCUGCUAAAAUGCAAGGGAAGGUUGUGUAUGCAGAGACGACCACAGCACACGCCACGCUGACAGGCUUGCAUUAUUACCACCAGGAUUGGUCUCACGCUGCCGCCUAUGUCACGGUGCCCCCUCUGAGACUGGACACUAAUACAUCAACCUACCUCAUGAGCCUGCUAGCCAAUGAUACUUUGAACAUUGUAGCUUCAGACCACCGGCCCUUUACUACCAAGCAAAAAGCCAUGGGCAAGGAGGAUUUCACUAAGAUUCCUCACGGAGUGAGCGGCGUGCAGGACCGAAUGAGCGUCAUCUGGGAGAGAGGAGUGGUUGGAGGAAAGAUGGAUGAAAACCGCUUCGUAGCCGUCACUAGUUCGAAUGCAGCGAAGAUUCACAACCUGUAUCCCCGGAAGGGGCGCAUCAUCCCUGGAGCCGACGCCGACGUGGUGGUCUGGGAUCCGGAAGCGACAAAGACCAUCUCAGCCAGCACCCAGGUGCAAGGGGGUGACAUAAACCUGUAUGAGAACAUGCGCUGCCACGGGGUCCCUCUAGUCACUAUCAGCCGCGGGAGAGUCGUGUACGAGAAUGGCGUCUUCAUGUGUGCCGAGGGCUCAGGCAAAUUCUGUCCACUUCGGACCUUCCCAGACUCUGUGUACAAGAAGCUAGUCCAGAGAGAGAAGAGCUUAAAGAUUAAGGGAGUGGACCGCACUCCAUACCUAGGGGAUGUGGCUGUGGUUGUGCAUGCUGGGAAAAAAGAGAUGGGAACUCCACUUGCAGACACCCCCACCCGGCCUGUCACCCGACACGGGGGCAUGAGGGACCUUCACGAGUCCAGCUUCAGCCUGUCUGGUUCUCAGAUCGAUGAUCACGUUCCAAAGCGAGCCUCGGCUCGGAUUCUCGCUCCCCCCGGAGGCAGGUCGAGCGGCAUUUGGUAAAAGCACCGACGACCAACCCCCCAUUUAAGGAUGCGGCGGCAGCCAGCCCAACUCUUGGCCGCCCCCUCACCACCCGGCACCCCAGGGAGGCUGGGCCAAGCGGCAUCCUACCUACGACCUGGGGGCCGGGGGGUGGCACGUGGAACACUCGGGACCACUAAACCUGUCUUGCACACAUCACUCUCUGUGCUUUGAGCCAACCCGAACGAGCUUUGGGAAAUGCCACUCCCCGGGCUGUAGCCCCUUCCUUUCCCGGCCUCGGCGGGCUGCGUCAGGGAGAAAGGGGGGCCCUGGCCUGUGCCUGGACCCCAGAGCCCAAGGAGCAGCCUGUUCUUUCCUCUCCUGCUUGCCCUAUGUUUUCUGCUCUGUGUCAGGGUGAGCUUGAGCCUGCUGCUCCCUGGCCUGACCCACCUAGUCAAGGCACAUUCACAAAACAAAAGAAAACUCUGCCAUUCAACCCACGCCCACCCUCUACUUCCACCUUCCUCCCCUCCCCGAGCCCCCCAGUCCCGUUUCCCGGGCUCCCCAACACCCGUCGGGCCUCCCGCCGGGGUAGACGUGAGCCCUGGGCAGGUCGGGGGCAUUAUGCAGUUUAAACACAUUGAGCCCCCUGCCAGCUUCGUUUCCUCUUCCCCUCCCGACAGUAAACUUCCUGCCCCCGUUGAGAACAAGCGGCCAAAGCGCUUAGAGCUGGUACAGACGUGGGGCCGUGUGCCACACGCGUGUAAAUGAUUUCGUUUUGCACGUUUGGUUUGAGCAGUGGUUUGGUUUGAGUUGUUUGUGCAUCAUGUGAAGAAACGGUGCUUUGUGUCACUAGCGAUAGGAUAGAAAAUGGGGAUAGAUAUAUAUGGUCCUUAAGAGAUGCUGUAAGUAACACUGACCAAAGGGGUAAAGCAGGUGUGAGGCUACCGGGGGUGCAGUCAACCAACCAAACCCCCUCUCCUCCCGUCCCCUACACUGGGCCUCUUGCCUAGUUCCAGAGCUUUAAGAGUUAAAGCUCCUUUUCCCCAGGCUGGAGAGGGGCCUUUUCCCAGGCCUUUCUCCUUCCGUAGACCAAAUGCAAGUACCAGGUCCCGUCAUCUCCUGCCCAUGGUAAGUUUUAGAGGCUGUAACUGGAGUGCGGGGACCGGGAAAGGGAGAUGAACAACCCAGUGGUCCAGGCUUCCCAUCUUGCUCCCGAGCCAAGCCCUUCCACCUCUGUGAUUGUUAGGGUACCCUUGCUCCUGCCAGGGGAGGAAAAGAGAAGGUGGACAAUGAGACAGGAGAGAGAAAAAGGAAGGAGAGACUCCUGCCGAGCUGUGAGGCAGCCAAGGUGGAGUUGGUCCGUUUAAGUCCAUCUGCCUACGGCGGUCACCCUCUUGUGAGGCCUCACCAGACCUCCCAUAGGGCUAGGUGGGGAAAAUGUUUUAUUUUAGGAAUCAUACUGCCCUGUUUUCUCCCUCCCCCGGGGAGGGCAUAGCUACUGGGUCUCUCCUGACCUAUAAAUCUAGCCCGGUAGAAUCCAGAAAACACACAGAGCCUCGAGGACACCCUCGAUUGGCUGGAUUGGCUACAACUGUGGGGUGGCUGUUCCGUUGGGAAGUCCGAGGGAGAUCGUGGGGGCUCUCCAGUAUAUCUUCUCCUCCUUCCUUAGUUACUUCCUUCCCGAGCGACACCGUUCCAACCGCCGUCCGCCGCCACUUGAACCAGUCCUCCGAAGCCCAGAGUUCCCAGGCAGCAUGAUGCUCCCCAAACUGUUUACACAUGGGCUUCCAAGCUGUUGAGAGAGCUCGGCGCCACUGCCUUACCACCCGGUAGCCGGAACUCUCCAGCAAGCCCUGGCUCUCUGCCCCAGCUCCGGGGAGGAGAAAAGAGGGCGGCUUCUUGCCGUCGAUCCCACCCGAUUUCCGAAUCUCCGGGUCGUCCCACCCUCUAGUCGGGAUUCCGCCUGUCCCCUAGGGCACGACUGUUUUCUCUCCUUAGCGUCUUCCUGUAGACGAACCAAGAUUCCUGUUGGGCGUGCGGCCUGCAGGACUUUGGCGGCUUGGCCCGCGGUUUGAACUUCCAAAAGUUACUCCCUGGGAAUCCCUGUUCUUUCCCGACCGCAAGCACCAUCACCCCGACUCCCCACCAGCUCCGCAGGAGGUCUUGGGCCCGGGGCCAGAGAGCAGGAUGGAGGCAGGAGGCAGAGCAGGGGAGAGCAGCCUUACCCUAUCUGUUGCCCAGCUCCGCUCCUGGCUGUUCUCUGUACCCCCAUAGUGGGGUGGAGCCCCCCCAACCUCUGCCCUGGAGAAGAGGCUCCCCGCCGCGACUGAAGUGGCCCCUUCCCUCUCCUGACCUCUGCUUGGGGCUUCCAAGCUGGCAAAUGAGGGGAGGUCGGAGGAGGAGAGGACAACCGCCCUCAGGCCGGAGGAGCAAGGGGUCGACCGAAGUGGCCAGCCGCACCACCACCAAUCUCCCUGCCCCCAAAAAGGUCCCCCCUCACCAGUCCCCGGAGCUGCCCCCCGUGCCCGUCCCUCCCGCCUCCGGCGCUGGCAACGAGAAGGGGCUCCGAUUGCAUGGAAUGCAGCUCUCCAACUGGUCUUGUAUUUACUGGAUUAAAUGCUGUUUUUUCUUGCCUUAGCUGCUCUCUAGGUUCGUGGGGUUUUGUUUUGGGAACGUCGUGCUACCGUGUGAGUGUGUGUUUAGUGCUAGGCGUCCGCAGUAGGUCUCUUGUCGAGUCUGUACCGGGAUGAGGGCGGCUUUUCGGACACUGACCCAGACACCACCAGGACCGAACUUGAAACCAAAACCUUCCUCCAGCAGCAGAAACGGCAGGCGGGGUCGGGGGUCGGGAUGGAGCCGACCCAGGCCCCCACGUGCGUCUUUGGGACUUCCUUGCGCCUCCGUUGAUGUUAUGGUGCUAAGACCGUGUCAGCCCCGAGAUGACACACUUUCCUGUGCUUUAACCACCUGUUUCAGACAGAUAAAUAAAAAUCACCCCGACACGUUGUGUUUUGGUGCAGGUUUGUAUUAAACUGUAGCUAUUCUCA